CUCUCACGGUUGCGAGUUCGCACUCCCUUGCAUUUGCCGUUUCACUUUCUUGUGUAGUUCUUUGAAGAAGGAAGGCGCGUAGAAGAACUGGAUUAAAGCAGCAAAAUGAUGCUCCAGCACCUGGGCCAGGUGUCUGCUUCAGAAGUCAGUGCUUCUGCAAUUAUUCCAUGCCUGUCUCCUCCAGUUUCCCUGGGCUUUGAAGAUUUCGCAAAUCUGACCCCAUUGGUGAAAGAGGAAUUAAAAUUUGCCAUCCAGAAUAGGUGCCUUUCUCAGAGGAUGCCCUCCACCUUGGAUACAGUGAUGGUUUCUGAUAUAUCUAAUGAAACAUCUGUUUUAAAAAGAGAGGAAUCAGAAAAACUGGAAACAAUCAAUGCAGAACUGAAAGCUCAGAUUGAAGAGUUGAAAAAUGAGAAGCAGCACUUGAUCUACAUGCUCAACCUACAUAGACCCACCUGUAUUGUCCGUGCCCAGAAUGGUAGGACCCCAGAGGAUGAAAGGAACCUUUUCAUUCAGCAGAUCAAAGAGGGAACCUUGCAAGGCUAAACGAUAAUGAGGCAGUGCUCAAUGUUCUUUAACCAUGCUUCUUACCAUUAAAACAACAACUUGCCAUCCCAAGUAAGAAGCCAUGCUGAAAUUUCAGCAUUUGUGACCUCCAUUUACUCAAGAGAAGAUGGAUCUGACAUGAUUUUGCCGAGAAGAAAGGACUAUGGUAGCUUAGCUCCAGCUUUCCCAAGCAAAGACUCAGUUGGGUGGAAGGGAGCCACAGCCUUUCCUCCAGGUCUAACCAGUGCCACACUUGCUAUCGUAGAAGCAAUAUGGCUUUACACUUGGUAAACUCCUGCUGGCAUGCAGUUACAAUGUUUCUGGUAGGGUCGAAGGGCUCUCUAUGAUGCACAUCUGAUGAAUUGUCAAGCUGAAAGGAUUCCACUCACUAGAUAGGGAAUGUAGGUGGACUGGAUUGUGUUUUGUUUGUUUUGUUUUAUACUUUCAAAGAAAAGAGGUUAGCAACUUCCAGAACGCUGUUUUCAGUUCCAAAAGGCAUUGCAAUAUAAUGGGAAUUGCUCUGUUUCUACAACUAGUACAAGAUUUAACUUGGGCACUGCACUUUGUUAAAAAAUGUUUUCAUAAAAGCCCUUCUGUGGGUUUUUGAUGACUCAACUUAGAGGUGCUUGUGGGACAAUGUGACAAGCUUAAGGGUAUUGCAGAAUUGCUCACUGAAUUAAGACUCAAUAUAUCAAACUGGAGCAUUACCACUCUUGGCUUACUUUAAGAAGGGGGAAUGUCCCUUUCAAAACUCAAUUGAU